GGGAGUUUCACUUUCAUUUGUCAGCCAGCAACUCGGGAAGGAGAGAGAGACUGCAGGCAGGCCAAGCCCCUUGGGGUGAGUGAAUUCCACCCAGGAGUUCUCCACAAUCUUCAAGCAGGAGUCGAGAUUUGCACCCUGGGGCCUGAAGCCAUCGAGAAGUCUUUAAGUGAGAAGAACCUCAGGAAUUAGGACAGAAGAAGCCCAGGGAGCAGUUGCAAUGGCUUCCAAAGCCCUGGCAAAGCCAGAGAAGCAGGUGACUUGCCCCAUCUGCCUGGAGCAGCUGACAGAACCACUGAGUCUAGGCUGCGGCCACAGCUUAUGCCAAGCCUGCGUCACCGUGGACAGCGAGGAGGCAGAGACCGGCUCAGGGAAGGAGCGCGGCUGUCCCCUGUGCGGGUGCAGGGACGUCCGCAGGGAUCUGGAGGCUGAUCGGCCCCAGGCUGAUGAAGUGGAGAAACUCCGGGAGGUGCAGUUGAGCACAGGCACUGGGAAGAAGGCAGAUUUCUGUGCACUGCAUGGAGAGAAACUCCAACUCUUCUGUCAGGAGGACCAGAAGUUCCUCUGCUGGCUCUGCGAGCGUUCUCGGGAACACAGGGGCCACCACACGUUCCUCAGGGAGGAGGUAGCCCGGGAGUGUCAGGAGAGACUCCAGGCAGCUCUCCAGAGGCUGUGGGCAGAGCAGCAGGAAGCUGAGAAGUUGAAAGCUGCCAUCAGGGAAGAUAGAGCUUCUUGGAAGGGUGAGGUGCACACCGAGAGACAAAGGAUACGAGGAGAAUUCUUUUGGCUUAGAAGCAUCCUGAACAUUGAGGAGCAGAUAGAGCUGCACAGAUUGGAGGAGGAAGAAAAAAAGACACUGGACAGUUUGGCGCAAGCUGAGGAUGAGCUGGCUCAGCAGAGCCAGGUGCUGAAAGAGCUCAUCUCAGAUCUGGAGCGUCGCAGUCAGUGGUCCACAGUGGAAGUGCUGCAGGACAUGAGUGGCAUUAUGAAAUGGAGUGAGAUCUGGACGCUGAGGAAGCCAAAAUCUCCUUCUACAAAACUGAAGCGUGUAUUUCAGGCCCCAAGGCUGAGUACAGUGCUGCGAAUGUUCAGAGAGCUGAAAGAUAUCCAAGACUACUGGGUGGAUGUUACACUGAAUCCCGUCAACCUAAAUUUGAAUCUUGUGCUUUCGGAGGAUCACAGACAAGUGAGAGCUGUGCCAAUUUGGCCAUUCAAGUGUGAUAAUUAUGGGAUUUUAGGCUCCCAGUAUUUCUCCUCGGGAAAACAUUAUUGGGAAAUCGAUGUAUCCAACAAGACUGCCUGGCUCCUGGGUGUAUACUGUAGAAAACCUUCUAGAAAGUUCGAUAGUAGUUGCAGCACAACCCGUACAAACACUUGCUCUAGGUACAGACCUCAACAUGGCUACUGGGUUAUAGGGUUACGGGAGAAAUUUGAAUAUUACGCCUUCGAUGAAUCUUCUUCUUCAGGUCCUAAGGUGGUGGCGCUUUCUGUGGAUAUUCCUCUCUGUCGCAUUGGGGUUUUCCUCAACUUUGAAGCAGGCACUGUCUCCUUUUACAACAUCACGAACCAUGGGUCACUCAUCUACACAUUCCGUAAUUGUUUCUAUCCUCGGCCUGUUUAUCCAUAUUUCAACCCCUGGAACUGUCCAGUCCCCUUGACUUUGUGCCCCCCAAGCUCCUGAAUGCUCCCAUCCCUUCAUCUACUUGUGGGACUCCUGCCUUAAGGUCAUCUCUGCGACAGAGCACAUCUCUACUAUUCAGAAUACCUCUGCCCUGUGACUGCCCUUCUGUACUUGGGAGCUUUUACUCAUUCUUGAGAUGUACAGUGUAUUUUGCUUGGAUUAAGAGGGAAUUUAUUCCUCUUCAUAUUCUCACAAACAUCAGUCCCUCCCAAAGAUGGAUCCAUAUUGGUAUAAGAUCCACAUCCUCCCAUUUCUCCGUAUUUCUCUUGAUCACUGAUCUGAAGCCUGUUAGCCACCUAGUCAUAUUUUGUAAGGAUCACCCUCAUGAGCUGCACACAAUAAUUUAAGAUUCUUUAAAGAAAUAUCAGCUUGUGAUACCCCAGGUUCAUCCGGGAGUCCGGGAGAGGAAAAUAAACAUAAGUAGUAGACAUACCCAGAGUUAUGUCCAGAGUAUUUGAGUUCAAAUCCUGUGUCUUUUUUCAUAAGCUCUGUCACAGAUAUAUUCUGGGUUUCUUUCUUCUAAAAUACAAAGUGGGAUUUACCCUUAAACUCAGUGUGAGGAACCAAAUGUCACUAAAUGUAAACUAUCUAAAGUGAUUAGUAUGUAAUAAAUUCUUGCCUUUGUGAUGACUGAAAGUUAUACUCUAAGUUUCUGUCCUAUAUAUCAAUUUUGUGCCUUCAUAAUAAUAAUGUUUGUACUGAA